AUGAAAUCACAAGCACCGUCAAUAAUGCGUCGAAUUUUGGUUUCGUUAGAGAAUGAAACGCCGAAAGUAAAGCAGAUAUUUUAUAAAGCAGCCGUAUUGGACGCGUUCAAUAGAGAAAAUACAUCUGAAAAUACCACUUCGGGAACAAUUGAUGAUCAUAUAAAAUUCAUGGCGAAUUUCUUUGAUGAACUGAUCUCUAAUUUGGAUAACGAAGGAGAAGCAGUAUCACAUAUAAGAAAGAUUGGUCAAGACCAUGCCAAGCUCAGUCAGACUUGUUCAUUUAAUGCUGAGAUUUGGGAGCAUCUCGGCGAAAUAGCCAUGCAAACACUGUCAACCAUUGAUGUUGUGCAGUUAAUCGCAUAUUUUCGUGCGACUUAUUGGUUAAUGUAUUACACCACAUCCUCACCUGAUGGACUUCAUUUGAAGAAAAUACGAGAAGGUGGUAAGGCAUGGCGUGCGUUGAUUGCUUGUGUCACAGAUGAGUUACGUUGUGGAUUCGACGGGGAGGCACGGGUAUUCUCGAGAAAAUCAUCAUCGUCCGAACACUUAGCUGAAGAUGAUGAAUUACAACAUCGAUUACGUCAAAUACGCCUUGAUUUCUCAUCAGCCGUGCCACUAUAA